CUUUCACCGCACCAAACCAGAUUUAUUUUGCGGACCGUUCAUCAAGCGAAGUCUCAUUUUCUUCCAAGGGUUGGUGGCAGGUCUCAUGCCUAUGGACAUAUUUGGGCUGUCGUGUGAGCAUCCGGGAGGUUGUUAGUGUGACGUCUCGCUGGGGCCAUGGCUGAUUGUUCAGUGGUUUUAGAUGCUGUGCUUAGGUGUCUGCUGCUGGAACUUGCUCUGAGUGUGGGCUCAGUUUUCCCAUCACCAGAGCUGUCAGAAUGCUACACGGUGAACGGGAAGGAUUAUCGGGGGUCCGUGAGCCACGCGGGACCUGAACGCACCCCCUGUCUUUACUGGAACCAGACCACACAACACACGUAUAACAUCCAGUCAGAUCCCAGCGGGGAGCUGGGGCUCGGAACCCACAACCACUGCAGGAACCCCGAUUCCGACGUCCAGCCAUGGUGUUACGUGUCGGAGACAGAAGAUGGGAUCUACUGGAAGUACUGUGAUAUCCCAGCAUGCAACAUGCCCGGAUACAUUGGAUGCUUUGUGGACUCGGGAUCUCCACCAGCUCUGAGUGGCGCCAGCGCAACCUCUGCCAAACUGACAGUCCAGACGUGUAUCCGAUUCUGCCGCAGGAAAGGGUACCAGUACGCCGGCGUGGAGGCAGGAUACGCCUGUUUUUGUGGUGACCUCUCAGACGUGUCCAGGUUGCAGCAGCGGGGCAGCAGUUCUCAGUGUGACCAGGCUUGCUUUGGGAGACCCAACGAGCUGUGCGGGGGAGACGGCAGGAUCAGCGUGUACAGCGUGUGGGUUGGUGCAUGCCGUGGGAACCUCUCUACUCCCCAUGGUGUUCUGUAUUCUCCAGACUUCCCUGACGAUUACAGACCUGGUAGCACAUGCUUUUGGGAAGUCCACACACCUGGCAGCAACGCUAUAGAGCUCCAGUUCCGUUCCUUCCAGGUUCUAGACCCCAGUGAUGUUCUUGAGCUGAGAGAUGGCACCAAUGGGGGCCUCCUUGUCCAGAUUAGAGGAGGGGAAAAGCCUCCAAACAGUAUAAUACUUCCAACGGGUCAUCUUCAGGUAUCCUUCCAGGCUGAUCGGGCACAUAGUGGACCAGGCUACGCAAUAGCCUACAGAGGUCUGGAGUUGCUGUCAUCCCCAGGGGUCUCCACGUCUCCAGAUUCUGAAAAUUCCCUAAAUGCACAAAACGUCAGUUUGCAAACACCAGUCAACACAGCAGAAAAGCACAGCACAGAGCACACUGCAUCUGGCAAAGGCUGGAUACUUCUCACAGCCAGCGUGUCCCUGCUGGUUUUAUGCGCUGGAUACAUGAUACGGAGAUACUCAGCCUGGGGUUGCAUCCCUUUGUCUCCUGCUGCCGGUGUGCGGCCCUCGUCCUGCUCCAUGCUUUACAGGCACAUGAAAGGACGAAGCGGAGACCUCACCUGUGUCAACCAGACUUCUGUGAGGUCACUGCUGUGAUGCCCGUGAACCUCUCAGACUGAAGGAUAUGAGCUCCGAGACAGAGGAGGUUGCUGAGAGGCCCUGGAAACCAGCGCUUACAGGGCACAAAUAUCCAGGCACACGUAGAACAGAAGCCAAUGUGUCAUAAGCUCUGUGGCCUGGGGCUACACAGGCAGCACAGACCAGCAGCAGAGCGGUGGACCGGCUGUAGAUUUCAGCGCAGAACAAGACGUCAGGGCUGGAAACGGGAAGAUGUAUAAUUGAUACUCCGCAGAUAAUGGUUCUAGAAGGAGUGUAAUCACCGGGAGUGACGAAACCUCCCGAGAAAAACGGCAAUUAAAAAGUACCUGCCACUGAAA